AUGAAUUAAGAGGAUAAAGAAAAAAUAAUUGUUUGUGCAGUUAAUUCAGAUAUUCAAUUAGAUGGCAUUGAAUUAUCUAUAACUGAAUUUAUUUAUCAAGAUAAGGAAUCUGACUAAUGGUCCUAGAAAUAACUUCAUUUUUAAUAAUUUCAAUAUCCUGAAUAAUUAAGAAGAAGAAUAAUUUUAACAAUAUAAGAAUAUUCUAAAAAGUCACAUGAAAAGUUUAAUGACAAAUUAUAUAAUGAAUUAGAGACAGAGUUUGGUGAAUUUAUUAAUACAAUAUUUGAAUAAGUAUAAUAAUAAAUUCAAAGUAAUUCUGUUACUUUAUUUGCUUUUAAUACAAUUCUUAUACAUUUAGUAGAAAAUGAUAUAUAAAAGCCAAAAUCAGCAGUAUUUUUAAGUAAAUUUUGUCAAUAAAUUGCUAAUCAAUAUAAUUAAAGAGUAAUUUGUAACUUCCUUGCAUAUGAUUUUUAUUUAAAAGGAAAUGGAGGACCUUUUCAAAUUAUUGGUUAAGCAAAAUUAUUUGAAUAAUAAUAAGAUUCCUUAUUGAAUUUAUCAGGUUUUGCAUCUUUUACUCAAUAUAAAAAUAAAGAUGAUAAAGAAACCUAUUCUGGAGAUUUUAUUUGUCCUGCUAUGUUUGCACUAAAUUAUGCAUCUAAUUGGAAUAAAGAUAUUUUAAUAUAAGGAUUUUAGGAUAAAACAAUUAAUGAAGAAUUUCUUAAACAAUUACGAAAUUCAGAUAAAUUUAAAUAUACUACUCUAUCUUUGGGUAAAUUAAUGGAAUUAAUUGAUAAACAAUAAUUAAAUCCAGUUGUUAAAGUUUCAACAUUAAAAUAAUAUAUCUAUUAAGAAAUUUAAUCUUAUUUAGAGAAAAAUAAAUAAUAAGGCAAGAUUUUUGUAGGUGGUAAUUUCUCUGAGGAAUUAUUUAAAUAUUUAUAAUAGGAAAUAAAAUAAUUAGAGUUUUUAAAAUCCUAAGAUUAUUAAUAGAUCGAUUCAAUUAUUGUUGGAUUUAUGGCUUUGAGAAAAAAUAAACAAUUAUUAAAUGUUUUUAAAGGAGUUACCAAAUCUACAAGUGAUCAUUGUAGUGGAAUUAUUUAUAUUAAAACUGAUAAGCCUAUAACAAUUACAAAGGAACCAGAAAUUAAAAAGCCACCUUAAGUGUCUAAGUAACAGUUGGAUCAUUCUGAAGAUUUUGAUAUUUUUAUACAAAAUUCUGAUGAGGUAUAGAAUAUAAAAGUCAAUUAACCAAAACCUCAAAGUAAGAAAUGAUUAAUUAUUAAUAUUAAAUUUAAAAUUUGAAUAAUGUAAAAACUAUUGGCUGAAAAAUAUGCUGAAUUAUCAUCAAAUGUAUUAGAUAGUGUCGACUUUACUAAAACAGGUAUCUUUAUAUAUAUUCUUUAGAGGAAUUGUAUAAAGAAAUAUUAAAAAAUUUGAAUGAAGAUUUGUCGAUUGAAGAAAUAAAAUAAUUGGGAUAACAAUUUGUAAAUAGUAGAAUAAUAAAUUUAGCUGGAAUUUCUAUAAGUAUUAUAAUAGGAUGAAUUUAUUUAAAAAAAAAGAGCAAAGGAAGAAACAUAAGAUAAAGAUUAAUUAUUACAUAAGGAAUAUCCACAAUUAUAAGAUAAAUUAUAAAAAUUGAAAUAAAAUUGCUAAGAAAUAGAUACAAGUGCAAGAAAAAUAAAUGAGACACUUAAAAAAUUACCAGAAAUAGAGGAAGCUAAUAGAAAAUAAAUGAAAGAUAAAUUUUAUGAAGAUGUAAAGGAUGUAAAAGAUAAGAUUCAAUAAGAAGAGUAAGAUGCUUAAAAAUUUGCAGAAGAAAAUUUAAAGUAUAUAUGUAUUUUAAUAUAUUAUAGAAUUCGUGAAGAUAUGCAAGCCUUAAUUGCAUAAUAUGAAUAAAAAGAAAAGGAAUUUUGGGAAAAAGUAAAAGAAAAUGAAGAAGAAUAAAAAAAUGAUACUAAAAAAUAUAUGGAAUAAUUCGAAAAAAUGUAGGGUGAUGCUUAAAAAGCAAUGCAAGAAAAAUAAUUAAUUUAAGAUGCAUAAAAAUAAUUGAAUGAUAAAAAAAUGAAAUUAUCAGUAUACAAAGGAAAAUAAAAUGAAUUUAUAGAAACUUUUGAGAAAUCAACAAGCACAUUUUAAAAUUUAACAGUAGAAUUCUUAAAAUUAGCCUUUAAAGCAAAAGAGGAUGAAGAGAAAAGUAACUUAAAUUAAUAAAGAGCUGAUAAAGCUAAUUUAUUAGCAGUAGAAAUAGCAUAAAAAGUAUUAUUUAUAAUUAUAUAUAAAAGAAUGCAGAUUUAAAAUUAUAAAUAGAAAAUAUUGAAAAAGAAAAAGAUAAAUUAAGAGCAGAAAUCUUAGAACUUAAUAAUCAAAAAAAGCUAUAAAAUCAAAAUUAAUAAUAGUAAAAAACUAAUGGUGAAAAUUGAU